UCCAGAUUCGAGAGAUUGUCAUUCACUUCCACGGAGCAGAAUGACUUUGAAAAUGAGAAGGGAUGCUGCCCCUGGCUGAUGGCCAUCUUCCGUCUGCAUGAUGACCAGAUCCUGGAAAAGUGUGGGGAGGACGCCAUCCACUACCUGUCCUUCCAAAGGCACCUCAUCUUCCUGCUGGUGGUGGUCAGUGCCUUGUCCCUGUGCAUCAUCCUGCCAGUGAACCUCUCAGGAAACCUUCUGGACAAAGACCCCUACAGUUUCGGAAGGACGACCAUAGCUAACCUGGAGAACCAGAAUAACCUGAUCUGGGUACAUGCUGUCCUUGCUGUUGUCUACCUCUCCCUCACUGUGGUCUUCAUGAGGCACCACACCCAGUCCAUCAAGUACACAGAGGAGACCCUG